AUGAACUUGUCUUUGAAUUGUAGAGCCUCAGAUGAGUAUAGAGAAGGUGCUAAGAAUUUUGUAGAAAUGUCAGAAAAGUUGGCUGUCAUUUAUGGGAUUGAUCCAACAUACAAAAUCUGGUUUCAUCAUGGGGAAGAAUUAUCAAGAGAUGAUGAUGUAGAGACAAUGGAAACCUUUGAUUCUUACAACUUGUUUAGGGCUACAAAUAUUGAUGGUUGUGAUUUUGAAAGUCAUCUAGAAGAUCAUGAUGACACUUUUAUGGAAAAAUUAGAAGAUGCAGACACUCCAUUAUAUCCACAAUUCACUAAAUAUACUAAGUUAUCGUCAAUUGUUGCACUGUAUAAGCUUAAAACUACCAAUGGAUGGUCUGAUAAAAGUUUUGAUGAAUUGUUAAGACUUUUGAAUGAUAUGCUUCCUUUAGAUAAUAUGAUCCCCAAGUCUAUAAAAGAUAAAGAAAACUUGCAAGAAUGUCCAACAUGUGGAACUUCACGUUGGAUGUCAGAUAAGCUGACUAAAAAGGUUCGACAUGGUGUCCCGGAAAAAGUUUUAAGGUACUUUCCUAUAAUCCCUAGGUUGAAACGGAUGUUCAUGUCUAAAAGAAUUUCAAAGGAAUUAAGAUGGCAUCACAACAAUAAAAGUUGCGAUGGAAAAAUGCGUCACCCAGUGGAUUCAGCAGCAUGGGAGCUAGUCAAUGAUAAAUGGCCAUCAUUUUCAAAUGAAGAGAGAAAUAUUAGACUUGGCCUUUCCACAAAUGGAUUUAACCCAUUUAAGGACUUGAAAUUAUUAUGGAAUGAGGGUGUUGAUGCUCAUGAUGCAUUGGACAAUACAAAUUUCAAGUUGCGGGCUAUUUUGAUGUGGACAAUCCAAGAUUUUCCAGCAUACAGGAACCUUGCUGGUUGUAAAAAUAAGGGAUGUUUCAGUUGUCCCCUAUGUGGUUAUGGUACUCAUUCAGAGUGGCUAAAACAUAGUGGGAAGUUUUCAUAUCGAGGUCAUCGGAAAUUUCUUAAAGAAGACCAUCCAUUUCAGAGUAAAAGAAGUUGGUUUGAUGGAGAAGAAGAGCAUGGAAAUCCGCCAAGAAUCAUGAAUGGGACUACAAUUGUUGAACACCUUAAAGAUUUUGAAUUGUAUGUUCAUCACAAUUUGGAUGUGAUGCACAUAGAGAAAAAUGUUUGUGAAAGCAUCUGUAAUACAUUGCUAGAUGUUGCUGGAAAAAGUAAAGAUGGACUAAAAGCUCGCUUGGAUUUGCAACAUAUGGGUAUUAGGAGUGCAUUACACCCACAAGAGAAGGGGACUAGAACCUAUCUUCCUGCAGCUUUACACACACUAUCAAAGCUUGAGAAAGAAUUAUUUUGUAAAAGGUUGUUCUCAUUGAAAGUACCUGAUGGAUAUAGCUCAAAUAUUCGAAAUUGUAUUUCAAUGGAACAAUGCAAGCUCAUGGGCCUUAAGUCACACGAUUGCCACAUUUUGAUGCAACAAUUACUACCGGUGGCUAUAAAAGGAUUGAUGCCAUUGGGUCCAAGAGAUGCUAUAAUAAGAUUAUGCACGUUCUUUAAUCGAAUAUGUCAACGUGUUCUUGAUAGAGAAAGCAUAAUGGCAUUAGAAAAUGAUGUUAUUGAAACUUUAUGCUUACUAGAGAUAUUCUUUCCACCAUCAUUUUUUGAUGUCAUGAUUCACUUAGUGGUUCCUAUGCAUUCCUCAACUUGUGAUGAAACUGAUUUGUUGAAAUGGCUAGCAUAUGGACCCAGAAAACAUGCUGCUUCUUACACUAGAUAUAUUAUCAAUGGUCAAAGAUUCCAUAUACAUGACAUUGAGAAGUCCACACAGAAUAGUGGUGUCUCAAUUGAAGCUACAACUAUGUGUAGAUCUAGUGCCAAAGAUGUAUCUCAAGUUCCUAAUUUAGUUUCAUACUAUGGGGUUAUAAGGGAGAUAAUCUUGUUAGAAUACUAUAUAGUUCAGAUUCCAAUUUUCAAAUGUGAUUGA